AACAAAACGCAUGCGCAUGGAGCAAAGCUAUUUGUCCAUUGCAGACCAGCGCAGACGGAUGUGAUCGAGGCAAGAAUCACCUGUAUUCUGGCAUUUAUGGUGACACCCAUGGGGUCAGAGCGGGUGGAGAUGCGCAAGAGACAGAUGCAGGUGCACCAGGAAGCUGCUGCCAGUGUUCUCCAAACGCAGCACGGGAUGGGGAACUCGCCCACCAACGCCUGUUGCUUCUGCUGGUGUUGUUGCUGCAGCUGCUCCUGUCUGACUGUUAGGGCGGAGGAUGAGAGGUUUAAAAAAACCACCUAUGAGAGGAGAGCAGAGGAAAUCGCAAACUGUGAUGACAGCCCCAAGCCUAUUCUGGAGGAUGCGAUGACAUGGACCAUGUCAUUUGAGAGGCUGAUGAAGAGCCCUGCAGGGCGGGGCUGCUUCCGCCAGUUCCUGAGGACAGAGUUCAGUGAAGAGAACAUGAUGUUCUGGUUGGCCUGUGAGGAGCUCAAGAAGGAGACCAACAAAACUGUGGUGGAGGAGAAAGUACGACAGAUCUACGAGGACUUCAUCUCCAUCCUCUCCCCUAAAGAGGUGAGUUUGGACUCGCGUGUUCGAGACGUGAUUAACAAGAACAUGCUGGAGCCAACGUCGCACACGUUCGAAGACGCCCAGCAGCAGAUCUACACGCUGAUGCAGAGAGACUCAUACCCACGCUACAUGAACUCUACAGCGUAUGCAGAUCUACUGCAGGACCUGGCCGAACCACCACCUGCCACAGAGCCAUAGACUCUCACUCUCUAUCAAUCACUCUACACUUUGCUUUUAGAGGACACUUAUCCAAGGGGGGUUUAGGUUCAGCUUUCUGUUACAGUUCAAAUGUUGAUUGAUGAACAGGUCAAUAGGCUGUAUUUACAAAACAGUAUUUAUUAAGGUGUAACUACUGUUUAUAUUACCUUAAAUAUUGACUUUCCAAAAUACUCUGAGCGAGCAAGAACAUAUGCUAGAUUCAGUUUCAGAUUGCAUAUAUAUAUUUAUAUUUUUAUAUAUUCCCUAGCGCUUGACAUUGCACUUUUCUAUAGUUUUAUGAGGGGAAAGCAUGUUGUAUCAGUGAGCACUGCAUUUGUGUGUAGGUGUAUUGUCAGCCUUAAAGCAUUUUCAGUUCUUUUUUAGUAAAAGUAGGUUUCACUUAUUGUUAAGAAGACAUGGGGAAGUGCCUUGGCAUUAGAGCAUUUACCACCACACCUUCAAGAUAGUUUGAAUAAAAUAUCACAGAAAUGGUGCAACAGUUGAUCACAAUAAUAGUAACUUUUUACGUACAGUGUGAGAUGAUACCUGGAAAUAGAUCUUGCCUGUGGAUUUGAAUACUGUGAU